AGAUUUUCACUUCUUCAAUUAGAUCCAGGUGAAAUUUACUUUGAGGAUUUUAGUGCAAUUUUUAUUCCACCAGAUACAACACCAAAAACCUAUGAUUCCAAAAAGCAAGACGGGCGGCUCAAGAUGUGUUCAAAAUCUCUGAUUUUUGAUCCAAAAGAAAUCAGCAAACCCAUAGUGAAAAUUCUCCUCAAAGAUUGCAUUGUAAUAGAGCAAUGGAAAGGAAGUGCUAAAUUCCUGAACAGUAACAAUGUAUUGAGUGUGAAUUGUAGGGAGUACAUUGAAAUGUUUGAAAAGAAUGUUAUUGCUCCAUAUCAGUUCAAAGGACAAGCAAAUUUCUUGUUUUUGUUGAAUUAUGCUAAUAUAUUGAAUUGUUUGCCCCAGAUUUCCCAGUUGCAUAGGGCCAGCACUCUUCCAGCAGCUGAGCAAGCUGAUAUGAUUGCAACCAUUGUUCAUUCAAGACAGUCUAGGGAUAAUUUUGAUCCAAGAUGGAUGGAUUUAUAUGAAAAAGUCAUCAUGGAAUCACAGGCUGAUAUAGUAACUCCUUUAGUAGUUAAUCCUGGAAGAAUAGUAUUAUCAUCCUCAAAACUGUAUUUCCAGCCCUACAAUAAAAUGGGAGAAUAUCCAGUGAAGAUCGAUCUGAAAAGUAUCAAACAAAUAGUAAAAAGGAGAUUUCUCCUAAGACAUAUUGGCCUCGAAAUAUAUUGUAAUGAAAAUUCUGCUAUGCCACAUGCCUAUUUCUCAUUCAGAAAUCAGGCUAUGAGGGAUACCAUUUUCGAUCAGUUAUUACAACAACCUGAACUCAGAAUGAACGAAAUUCAGCAAGAUGUGAUGACCUUGCAAUGGCAAAACGGAGUGAUUUCAAAUUAUGACUAUCUUCUAUACAUAAACAGCUUAGGCGAUCGAACAAUCAAUGACCUCACGCAAUACCCAGUCUUCCCCUGGAUAAUAUCCAACUACGUCUCGAAAGAAUUAGAUCUCGACGAUCCCGACAACUACCGAGACUUGUCGAAACCCGUCGGAGCACUUAACGAUGCCAGACUGCAACGGCUAUUAGAGAGGUACCACGAAAUGCCGCAUCCGAAAUUCAUCUACGGAUCGCACUACUCAACCCCCGGGUUCGUGCUCUACUACUUAGCGAGGUUCCAUCCCCAUUACGUGCUGUGCCUCCAGAGCGGUAGGUUCGACCAUCCCGAUAGAAUGUUCAAUUCGGUUUCUGAUGCUUUCAAGAACUGCCUAAACAAUAUGUCCGACUUCAAGGAGCUGAUACCCGAGUUCUACGAUGUAUCUAGGGAAGGGGCGUUCUUGUUGAACCACAUGGGUAUCAACUUCGGUUAUAGGCAUAACAAUGUGAAAGUGGGCGAUGUGGAAUUGCCGCCUUGGGCUAAAAAUCCUCCAGACUUUAUCAGGAAGCUACGGGAAGCGCUAGAGAGUGAUAUAGUAUCGGCUAACUUGCAUAACUGGAUAGAUCUCAUCUUUGGGUACAAGCAAAAAGGAGCUGAGGCUAUGGCUUCUCAUAACUUGUACUAUCAUCUUUGUUAUGAAGGAGCGGUGGAUUUGGACUCGAUUACGGAUUUAAACCAAAGGCAUGCUCUAGAAGUCCAAAUCAUGGAGUUUGGACAAAUCCCUAAACAAGUUUUCAAAGUACCGCAUCCACGGAAAAAAGUCGGAUCAAUGAUUCCAAUUGAGCCGUCUCAAAUACAACAAGUUGAUGAGAUGGAAGACAAUUGGAAGAACUUGAGCGCGCUGGAUUUACAAAUCAGUUUCAAUUCUCACAAGAAUACCGUCAGUCAUGUGUUUGUGAGUGACGAUGGUACUAAAAUAACCUCAGUAGGCCAUGAUUCAAAGCUCAAAAUAUUUUCUCUGGCUCAGAACAAACAGGUUAGGAGUGCGAGCAUAGGAAAUAUGCCUUUGAGCAGUUGUAUACAGUUGCCAAAUGUGAAUGUACUCGUUAUCUCUAGCUGGGAUAAUGAAAUCUAUCUAUAUGAUCUCGACUAUGGUAGAGUGACAGAAAGUGUUCUGGCACACGAAGACACUAUAACGUGCCUUUGUUUCGGUGUCAAGUACAAUUUAUUGGUCUCGGGCAGCGGAGACUGUACCGUCAAGGUCUGGAAGGGGUUGAACACCAACGGGGUGAUCAAGCCGAUACAGUGUCUUCAUAAACUCAUUGAUCAUAACUCGCAAGUCAACUGUUUGAAUUUUGACAACGAUAACAGAUUCUUGGCUGUUGGAACCGAAGACGGCGACAUCUACAUAUGGGAGGUGAUCGAUUUCACUCUCUUCAAGAAGUACAAUCUCCAGACCUCCAGUAUUAGUGCGAUCGCCUACAGUCCCGACGGACUGAAACUAGCCGUGGGCAGUCGAGACAAGUCCUUUCAGAUAAUCGACGUGACGGCCGGCAUGCCCGUCUUCAGUAAAACGUUCCACGCGAGUGUCGCCUCUUUGCGGUGGUGCGAUUUCUUGCUGGCUAUUGGUUGUGAAGAUGGUACUCUGUCUGUGUGGGAUAUUUUCGAGGUCAAACUGCUGCUGCAGAUGCCAGCACACUCAGGGUCAAUCAAAACUAUCGACAUAUCGUCUCGUAAAGAGUUCAUCAUAACUGGUAGUCAAGAUCGAGUGAUAAAAGUUUGGAAACCAAAGAUAUCUACCUAA